UAGCCGUGGAGAGAUGCCCACUGUGCAACACGGCCAGACGGAGACUCAUCUGCGCCCGCUGCAUCCAGACCGGUGAUUUCGUGUAUUUUGACGGGAGAAAUCCGGAGAGGGUUUAAUAUGAUGUUGGCCCACCCUUUGCAGCUAUAACAGCUUCAACUCUUCUGGGAAGGCUUUCCACAAGGUUUAGGAGUGUGUUUAUGGGAAUUUUUAACCAUUCUUCCAGAAGCGCAUUUGUGAGGUCAGACACUGAUGUUGGACGAUAAGGCCUGGCUCGCAGUCUUCGCUCUAAUUCAUCCCAAAGGUGCUCUAUCGGGUUGAGGUCAGGACUCUGUGCAGGCCAGUCAAGUUCUUCCACACCAAACUCGCUCAUCCAUGUCUUUAUGGACCUUGCUUUGAGCACUGGUGCGCAGUCAUGUUGGAACAGGAAGGGGCCAUCCCCAAAUUGUUCCCACAAAGUUGGGAGCAUGGAAUUGUCCAAAAUCUCUUGGUAUGCUGAAGCAUUCAGAGUUCCUUUCACUGGAACUAAGGGGCCAAGCCCAGCUCCUGAAAAACAACCUCACACCAUAAUCCCCCCUCCACCAAACUUCACAGUUGGCACAAUGCAGUCAGACAAGUACCGUUCUCCUGGCAACCGCCAAACCCAGACUCGUCCAUCAGAUUGCCAGAUGGAGAAGCGUGAUUCGUCACUCCAGAGAACGCGUCUCCACUGCUCUAGAGUCCAGUGGCGGCGUGCUUUACACCACUGCAUCCGACGCCCUGCAUUGCACUUGGUGAUGUAUGGCUUGGAUGCAGCUGCUCGGCCAUGGAAACCCAUUCCAUGAAGCUCUCUACGCACUGUUCUUGAGCUAAUCUGAAGGCCACAUGAACUUUGGAGGUCUGUAGCGAUUGACUCUGCAGAAAGUUGGCGACCUCUACGCACUAUGCGCCUCAGCAUCCGCUGACCCCACUCUGUCAUUUUACGUGGCUUACCACUUCGUGGCUGAGUUGCUGUCAUUCCCAAUCGCUUCCACUUUGUUAUAAUACCACUGACAGUUGACUGUGGAAUAUUAGUAGCAAGGAAAUUUCACGACUGGACUUGUUGCACAGGUGGCAUCCUAUCACAGUACCACGCUGGAAUUCACUGAGCUCCUGAGAGCGGCCCAUUCUUUCACAAAUGUUUGUAGAAGCAGUCUGCAUGCCUAGGUGCUUCAUUUUAUACACCUGUGGCCAUGGAAGUGAUUGGAACACCUGAAUUCAAUUAUUUGGAUGGGUACUCGGAAAAGCUUGAAACACUUCAGAGGCUGAAAAAUGAAAAGGAGAAUCUUCAACAGAGUGUCAUCAAAGCCAUGGACAAGAAAGUUCAGGCUGACCAGCUUAGGUGGAAAAUUAUGUCAUGCAAGAUUAAAAUCCAGCAACUCAAAGAGGCCGUAUGCACUAGCAAUGAAGAAGUGAAGAGUUGCAGGGAGAUGUUGCAGCGUUCACAGGAGGAGGGCCAGAGACUGCAGUGCAGGGCCAGUCGGCACCAGGAAAAGAGGGACAAAAUUAAGCGUCAUAACCAGCGUCUGGGCGAGCUACUGGAAAAGAGAUCCAAAGAGCUGCAGGGGAGGCUGGAAGCCCUGGCUGAAGUUCGGAGGGAGCACAUCCUGGAGCUCACCACACACAUCUUCCCCAUACAGGAGGAGAAACAAGGCAGCAGGGACCCUGUUGAUCCAGUCGUGGCGGAGUAUGACCUUGCUCUGACCUCUAGUACCGUCAGUGAACUCGCAGAGGCCAGACGAACCACAUACCACUCAGGCCGCUGGAUCUGGGAUGAUCAGAACGGAGAGACAAGCAUCAGUAUCACUGGGCCACAUGUCACACUGCCCAGCAAUGGAGACUGCUCAGCCUAUUACAGCUGGGUGGAGGAGAAGAGUGGAAACCAGGGGCCCGAACUGGACCACAUCAAUCCAGCACACACCAUCAGUGCGGCCCUCUGCUAUGCUACACAGCUUGUCAACAUCUCGUCUCAUAUUCUGGAUGUCAACCUUCCGAAAAAAUUGUGCAACAGUGAAUUCUGUGGUGAUAAUCUUACCCGUUACAGAUUCACCCGUGUCGUAAACAAACUCAACACCAACAUCCUGCACCUGUGCUUAUCGCAGCAUGUUGACAGUGAGCUGCUUCAUCCCCACCAUACUUUGAGGAAUAUCAUGUUUUUAGUGUCUCCAGCAAACAAGAACCUUGGCAGAACUGGACCUUUUGAAGUGAGUGCAGACUUGGAAGACUCAAUGGAGUUUGUGGAACCUGAGGCAACCGGACCUGCAGAGGAGAGCGGAGACGAGGCUGUGACGGAUGAAGAAACAGACCUGGGCACUGACUGGGAGACCGUUCCAAGCCCGCGCUUUUGCGAUAUCCCCUCCCAGCCUAUGGAUCUUUCCCAGAGCGGCAUGCAGGCGUCCCAGCCAGUGGGCAAUGCCGGCGGCAUGAUCUCCUCUGCAGCGGCCUCUGUCACGUCCUGGUUCCGGGCCUACACCGGGCAGCGCUGAUGUCAAGGGUGGUUAGUCAGGGCUGUACCUAUGCAAACACCCCAUUAUAAUCACCUUUACCUUUGUCAACUUGGCUUUAGGGGGAAAAAAAGGGAAGUUUCCAGUCAUAUGACUGCUCAUAGAUAGACACUAAAUAGAUGUGUGGUUAAAACCAGAGAGAAGUGUGUGAUCUCCAAAAACAUCUCCUGUGUGGUAGUAAUGCAGACUGGGAUUGUUUAAAGCAGAAAUGAGAUGGUUGGGAACUACUUCUCACUUUUACAUUUCUGAUCCUCUGUAGCUCACAUUUUACUGUAGAGACACCACAGAACAUUAUCCAGUGUACAUUGCCAAAUAUCCUUUCUGUUAAGUUCAUUGGCACAGAGAUUGUACAUUUAAAGCAUUGUUGGACAGACUUGACUCGGUGCCGUCAGAGUUCGAUUGAUGGACUGAGUUCUCACGAAAGAAUGAAAUUGCACCUUCACCAGCUCUUCUUCAAAGUACCUUACUGUAAAUGUUGCUGGAUUUUUCUGAGAGAAUGAAAAAUAUUAUUGGUGUGUGUUGUUUGAGAUUAUACAUUUUUAAGAGGGAUUGUAUUUUAUAAAGAUUGUGAGCAAGUAUUAUCGCAGUUUUUGUUCACUUUAAAUUUCAUCAACCACUACAAGCUGUACUGGCUGGGAAUAAAUAUCCUGCAUUAUUUUCCAGUGGAGGAGAGGUCAGGAUUUUGGCCAGA